AACAAAUAUUUGCCUCAAUCAAAAACGGCCAGAUUCCGAGCGUACUUAAAGGGCCGUUAGGACGUAAACUGCCAUUAUUCAACUGUUGGUGUUGCACAGAUAAACUUCGCAAACAAAAUGGCCAAUUUUUUGAGCGUGUUUCUUCUCGCGUUUUGUGCGAUAGCGAUCAGUGCAUUUCCAAACGCAAGACGAAGCGAGUCAAGUGAUUCCGGCAAAGCAUUCGUAUUGUACCAUGUUGAUCAGACACAGCGUUGCGUCGAUGCUCCGAGUAACGACGUUUGUGAUCUCGGGUAUAAAAUUCGAUACAUGAGCGAUCGAGAUUUUCGUAACACUUUGUCAGCUUUUGCUUUUGACAAAAUCGAAGAGGUUUAUAAAAGUAUAGGCUUUUCUGACGAGUGCGUCAGACGUGUCUUUACGCUGCUAUGCCGAAAUGCGUUUCCCGAAUGCUUGCCCGAAGAUAAGCUGAACUACGGUGACCAAGAUGGCCUCAUUGACGAAAUUCAAAAGUGUGCGGGGGUUGCCGGUGAGUCUAUCGCUAAAAGUCUUAGGGCACAAAACUUCAUGUCAGGAGAACACAAGGAUCCUCUGGCGCACUUCUUCACCGGCCUCGACUGUGUCCAAGCAGAACAAGACGAUGAGCAGAAAUGUCCAAAACCAGAAUAUCCAAUGAUGAGGAGCCAAAAAGAGGAGUACUACGAGAAAAUUCGAAACAUAAGCAAAGAAAUGGAAGAGGAUGAUAAUAUCCCUGUCGAGUGUUACAAAAAAGCUUUUGAUAUUUUCGCUUGUUCCUACGCUUUCUGUUCCCCAGACAAAAAAGAAUUACUCUUCAAGUAUUCAAAACAAGAUUGUCUUGAUAUUAAAGAUUGUCUAAAAUUUCAUGGUAAAUUGGAUGACGAAAAAGAGACGUUUCUGGAUAAGGCCUGCUCCGAAUACCCCACAAGUGAAACUUACAAGCAAGUGAAAAUUCCAUAUUAAAAGAAUGACU